CCAAUUGGGGAGGUGGUAACCGAACCAAACCCAAAAGACUCAACCCUAGGAAGAGGAGGAAGAACAAGUUGAGGAGGAGGAGCGCACACAACAAAAACGUUUGGUGAAGAAGAAGAAGAAGUGUCAAAACUGAAGGACUCAAAAGGCAGCAAAACACCAAAACCCCCCCUUAAUAUCUCUCUCAAAAUCAAUGUCCCCAAAACCCCACUCCCUCUCCCUCUCUCAGGAAAAGCAUGGCAUUUGAAUCACAGUCUAUGAAGAAGGAGAAGAAGUACAGUGGGGUUUUUGGGGACAUGUACACCAGUGUGGCCAUUAUUCCCAAAGACCUUGAGCUUGAUAAGGAGGCCGCCCACCCAUCACCCUUUGAGCUCCACUUCCAAUUCCCUGACCUCCCCCAACCCAUCAGAGGAUUCUUGAGGACAAGAGAAGUUGGAGAGUUCCUUAGUGGGGCUUUAGCAGGGGCAAUGACCAAAGCUGUUCUUGCUCCUCUUGAGACCAUCAGGACUAGAAUGAUAGUUGGUGUUGGAUCAAGAAACAUCUCUGGCAGUUUCUUAGAGGUCAUUGAGAAGCAGGGUUGGCAAGGGCUGUGGGCAGGAAAUGCAGUCAAUAUGAUCCGCAUAGUCCCCACCCAGGCAGUUGAGUUUGGGACGUUUGAGUUUGUUAAACGAGCAAUGACGUCGGCACAAGAGAAGUGGAAGCAGACUGAAGGCCCAAAGGUGCAAAUUGGCCCUGUAAGCUUGGACUUCUCUAUCUCCUGGAUUUCUCCUGUUGCUGUGGCUGGUGCUGCUGCUGGAAUUGCUAGCACACUUGUGUGUCAUCCCCUUGAAGUUUUGAAGGACCGGUUGACUGUCUGUCCUGAGGCAUAUCCUAGUAUAGGUGUUGCAAUCUGUAAGAUUUAUAAGGAAGGUGGUAUUGCUUCAUGCUAUUCGGGUCUUUCACCUACACUGAUUGGGAUGCUUCCCUACAGUACAUGCUAUUAUUUCAUGUACGAGAAAAUCAAGAAAUCCUACUGCGUAACAAAGAAAAAAGAGUCUCUAAGCCGUCCAGAGAUGUUACUGGUCGGAGCUCUGGCAGGUUUUACAGCUAGUACAAUCAGCUUUCCAUUGGAGGUGGCCAGGAAACGGCUGAUGGUUGGAGCUAUGCAGGGUAAGUGCCCGCCCCAUAUGGCAGCUGCACUUUCAGAAGUGAUACGGGAGGAAGGUUUAUUGGGACUCUACAGAGGGUGGGGUGCAAGCUGUUUAAAGGUCAUGCCUUCAUCUGGCAUCACCUGGAUGUUUUAUGAAGCUUGGAAAGACAUAUUGCUCGUUCAGAGACAUCAUCCCUUAUAAGUUAUAACAAGCUCAAGCAAGAUUCACAUAGGUCAUACAUUCAAAUUUAAGCUUAUCUCACAUCUUUUGUAGUGUAAUCCAGACGGGGAGGAAGUCAAGGCCAUUUUAUGCAGGCCUGAGAUUGAAAUUUUGCUCCCAUUGAGUCUCAGAGCUUAGAAGAAAAGAGUAUUUCUGUUGUGGGCUGGUUUCCCUAUGUUUUUCAAAGACUAUGCGCCUUAGUUUUGACCCCAGUUGAGCUCCAAUCAUGUAACACAUGCAUAAGAUUACUGUGUACUGAUGAAUGACAGAUUAUUUCAAAUCAUCAUCCAAAAGUUUCGUAAA